AUGGAAUCAGAUCUCGGCAAGCUCUUCAUUGGGGGAAUCUCCUGGGACACCGAUGAGGAUCUCCUCAGGGACUACUUCAGGAAUUUUGGGGAAGUCGUGGAGGCUGUGAUCAUGAAGGACCGCACCACCGGCCGAGCUAGAGGGUUCGGCUUUGUUGUCUUUGCUGAUCCUGCCGUGGCCGAGUCCGUCCUCAUGGAAAAGCACACAAUUGAUGGCCGAAUCGUAAGAGGCAGUAUAGAUCAAAGUUCAAAUUCCUAAUGUCAAGCAGGGUUCUAAUUGGUUUUAUUUAAUGAAAAUAAGCGGUUUUUCGUUUACAUUGCCUUGUGAAUUUUGAAUUGUAAGGUUUGAUGGAUGAAAUUUGCAGGUUGAAGCGAAGAAAGCCGUCCCUAGAGAUGAUCAACAGAUUAUUAAUAGAAACAAUGGAAGCAUUCAGGGAUCUCCCGGCCAUGGAUUCACCAAGAAGAUUUUUGUGGGAGGUCUGCCAUCAACAGUGACGGAGGCCGACUUCAGGAGGUAUUUUGAGAAAUUUGGGACGAUAACAGAUGCUGUUGUGAUGUACGACCACAACACCCAGAGGCCGAGAGGAUUUGGGUUCAUCACCUAUGAGUCCGAGGAUGCUGUGGACAAGGUGCUGUUCAAGACCUUUCACGAGCUCAAUGGGAAGAUGGUCGAGGUCAAGAAGGCAGUCCCCAAAGAAUCAUCCCCGGCUCCUGCAAUGAGGUCACCCAUGGGACCCAACUAUGGCCAAAGUAGGGUUAACAGCUUCUUUAAUGGAUCCAACUCCAGCCCAAUAAAUGGCUUCGGAGUGAGGAUGGAUGCAAGAUUUGGAUCCACUCCAGUUGGGCGUAGUGGGUUUCCCCCUUUUAGUCGGGUGGGUUACAGAAUGGGUAUGAAUUUUGAUCCAGGAAUGAGCCCAAACUAUAGUCUGAUAAGAAAUCAUAACAACAAUGUCGGUUUUGGCCGGGAGAUGAGCCCCUUUUACAGUGGAAGUUCUAGUAGAUUUACCAGUCCGAUUGGGUAUAGCGGCAGCAAUGGCGGUGCUGAGUCGGUCUUCAGUUCCUCUGCUAACUUAUGGGGAAAUGGAGACCUUAACUAUGCUGCAAGUUUUGCAAAUGGUAGCGACUUUCUUGGCUCUAAAAUUGGCGAGCUUGGGGCCUUUGGUGACAGCUCAGUGGACUGGGCUGGUCCCAUCUCCACCUCGGUUCAGGGCAUGCAGAACAGGUCACUUCGGCCUGAUGGAGGUCUCCGUUAUGAGAGUGGUCAGAAUAGGCUAGGGCUUGGAGGGGUUGGCUAUGGGAGGAGCAGUGGCAAUGGAGCUGGUGCUGAUAUACCCUAUAAUGGUUUUAAUGGGGGAUACGAGGGCGCCUUUGCUGAUGUAAAUGGUGGUAAGCCAAUUUAUGGUGAUCCCACAUGGUGCUCUGCAUCCCCGGAGAUUAUUGGCGCUGGUCCAUUUGGUUUUGGGCUUGGAGAUGAGGCUUCAGACGUCAGGGCCAAGGAUUUUUCUGGAUAUAUGAGAAGUUAUGAUGUUACCAAUGGUCAAUCAAAUGGAGGUAAGGGUCCUACUAAAUCUGCAUUGAUAUUCCCUGAGGCUCAGUUUUAUUUUCACUAUAACGUGAUAUGA